CAACACUUAUCAAUAAAUACUAUAAAUGUAUUUUUGCACUAAACUGUACGGUUAGUUAUGCUCUUUGAAAUGUACUAAAAAAUAGUUAAUUAGUUUGAGAGUUGACUUCAAGACAGACAGCAAUUAUUGUUUAAACUUUAUUUUAUUUUUUGCUAUACAAUGUCUUUAAAAUCAUUAUUUUCGCUAAAAUGUUUUGCCACUCAAUAUCUAUUGUCGUUUUUGGCACUUUAUUUGAUUACUAAAGUGAGCUGUUGUGCCGGUUGUCUGUUCUCAUGGUUGGGCGGACUACUAGUGUUGUCGGCACUUGCAUGGCGUGUGACCAAAAAAAUCCGCAAACGUAUGAACAGCGAGUUUUUAACGUCAUAUAAAAGAGCCGUUUUAGUCACUGGUUGUGACAGUGGUUUCGGCAAUGCAUUGGCUCAGACACUCAAUGAACAUGGAUUCAGAGUCUAUGCCACAGUAUUGGACACCGAUAGCGACGGCGCCAAGAAAUUGUUGACCAGUGCUCGGUUUGAUGGUAUGACUACAGUGUUGAGGAUGGAUGUGACGAGUGAUGAUGAGGUGAAUGCAGUUUACGAACAAAUUGCAAAAGAGUUGCAACAAAACGGUGAAAAACUGUGGGCUGUCGUCAACAAUGCCGGUAUCUUUACUAUGGGACCGGUAGACUGGGGGACAAUUGAUAGUUAUAAACGUGUGUUUGAAGUCAACACAUUCGGCACCGUCAGAGUUUCGCGAACUUUCCUACCAUUGAUUAGACAAUCAAAAGGUCGAAUCGUAAAUUUGGUGUCCGUUGCCGGCCGUUUUACGGCCCCGAGUCUGGCCAUCUAUUCGAUGAGCAAACACGCUAUCAUAUCAUUUUCCGAUGCCCUGAGACGCGAGUCACGCAAAUGGGGUGUCAAAGUAUCAACAAUUGAACCGACAACGUAUAAGACACCAAUGUCUACGGCCGACUAUCUGACCGACCAAUUGGAUCGGCUAUGGAAUGAAACGACCGAAUCUGUUCAACAAGUUUACGGUCAAGAGUUUUACUCGAGUCUGAAGGGCAAGAAUGCCAAAGCCUUGUCGUCGUACGGUAUCGGAGAGGAUAUCAACGAAGUUAUCGACCGAAUGGUCGAUGCCGUCCGUAGUCCCGAUCCGCAGAUCCGUUAUGUUUGUGCUCCUAAACUAUGGAAAAUCAAACUGUUUCUGAUAAUAGCCCAAUACUUUCCCACCGAAUUCUAUGACCUGAUAUGCGAGCACCGGAUGGGCCAACAGUCGCCAAAACCGGCUUCACUGAUGACAGUCAGAAAUGAAGAAUAAAUUUAAAAAUUAAUUAAUUAAUGACAACACAUGUGUUUGUUUGGAUUUUCAUUGUUGUUGUAAU